AUGGCCCCAUCACUUCUGAAGGCUCUCACUGCCGCGGCAGGCCUCUACGCCUCGUUCGCCACCGCUGCUCCUCUCAACAAACGUGUGAUUGUUUGGGAAACCGUGACUGAUCUUGUUAUCGAGACCGUUCGACUCACUGUUACCGUUGACGGACCUCCUGGUGCUCCCCAGACAGUUCCUCCUCCACAGAUCACCCCAUCUAUGGAACAAUCACCAGCGCCCCUCCCAUCGAUAACUACAACUUCUAUUCCAAUCGCCAGCUCGAAGCCAGAAGAGAGUACCCCUCCUCCACCGCCGCCUCCCCCAAGUACGACCCCAGCCUCCAGCUCUAAGCCUGCAGAGAGCACCCCUGCUCCUCCUCCUCCUCCUCCUCCUCCACCAAGCUCCACCCCAGCGCCUCCUCCACCUCCUCCAUCCACACCAGCUCCCCCACCACCACCACCGACAACUACAGCUCUUCCACCUGUCAUCAAUCUGCCAGCCCCAAGUCCAACCCCAGAGACCAAGCCUCCAGUCAAACAGCAGCCACCUCCCCAACAGCAACAGCAACAACCAAGCGGUGGCAGCGUCGGUGGUGGUCAGACAUUUUCGGGCGAUAUGACCUUCUAUGAUGGUGGCCUCGGUGCUUGUGGUACGAACAUUGACACCAAUGGUGAGAAUGCAGUCGCCAUCUCCGCUGCCCUUAUGGGUACCCAAAGCAACAACAGUCCAUUCUGCGGAAAGACUAUUACUAUUAAGUAUAACGGAAAGACCGCAAAAGCUGUCGUGAAGGAUAAAUGCCCAGAAUGUGCGUACGGCUCGAUUGAUAUGACCCGCCAGCUGUUCUACAACUUUGCUCCUGAAGCGGCUGGUCGUAUCAAGGGAGUUGAGUGGUCGUUUGACAACUAG